AUGAAAUCAUCUAUGUUGUUAUUGACAUGUGAAGAGGAUGAAAUGCACAUGAUGAGAAGAGCGAUGGUAAUGAUAGAUGGAUGGAGAGAAAGAGGAAGGCCGAAGAAGAGAUGGAUAGAUUGUGUGAGACUGAACAUGAAGGAGAAAGUGGAGGACGAUGAGAUUGGAGUCGAUUCCGUAUAUUCCAGCUCAACAGACAGAACGCUAAUUACGGGAGAUGAACGUCUCAUAUUUACUGACAUU